UUAUUUCAUCUGAUGUUUAAACACUAACACUAACUUAACCUAACCUACUGUAGUAAAAUAUGCUGGGAAGACUAAUCUUCAGUUAUCUUCAAUUGAUACAAAAUUUUUAUAUCCCAACAAGAAAUAGUAUCCUACUUUCAUCUGAUAAUUGUUUCAUUGGGUCAUCUUAUAUUUAUAAUGUGGACCACACUCCUCAACCAAUAUAAUACAUAUUGUAACCUCAGAUUAAUAUCCCAAUAAGGGUAAGAAGAUGGACUCCUCACCUAUGACACUGUUUGGCUACUUCAACGAGCGAGUGAAGGCCAACCUGCACUUGGUAGUGGCCAUGUCCCCCAUAGGUGACACCUUCAGGACCAGGCUCAGGAUGUUCCCCUCCCUCAUUAACUGCUGCACUAUAGACUGGUUUACUGCAUGGCCUGAUGAUGCCUUGGAGAUGGUGGCCACAUCACUGCUGCAGGAAACUAAACUGGAGGCAUCAUUGUUGGCUCACUGUGUCACUGUCUGCAAGUAUUUCCACCACAGCAUUGAUGACCUUGCCCACAGGUUCUAUGAGCAGCUGCGGCGGAGGUACUAUGUGACAUUGUGACACCCACCUCCUACCUGGAGCUCGUGUUCACCUUCAAGCAGCUCCUCCUUAAGAAGCGCUCAGAGAUCCUCACACUACGGGACAG